AUGAUAAAUACAGUAGAUCGAGUGUUAUGUUGUUUUAAUCGGAUUAAAUCGGAUGAUACAAACGAGGAGAAAGUUCAUAUUGAGAAAUAUAUUUUUAAACCGGAUCCAUUGCAAAGUUUAAUUUUUACAUUGGAUGCAGCUAAUCUUGAUAAGCAUAAAGUUGAUAUUGCAUUUCCAAGACUUCUG